CUGUAGCAGGGACAGUUGCAGCAAGCAGCUGAAUUUUUGUUACUUACGGCACUGUGUAUUUCAGUGAACCAGCAUCCACUUCAGUCUGCUCAAGCCUGGGCUGCCUGCUGAGCAUGUGAGAAGAGCUACCUGUACCUGUCAGACUCCUCAUGCAGGCUUCUCUGCAGAAUGUCAAGCAAAGAUCGACACAUUGAUUCUAGCUGUUCGUCGUACAUCAAGACGGAACCGUCGAGCCCUGCCUCUCUGACGGACAGCAUCAACCACCACAGCCCCGGUGGCUCCUCAGACGCCAGCGGGAGCUACAGUUCCACCAUGAAUGGACAUCAGAACGGGCUGGACUCACCUCCCCUCUACCCUUCGGCCACAGGGCUUGGGGGCAAUGGGCCGGUCAGGAAACGGUAUGACGACUGCUCCAGUACCAUCGCUGAAGAUUCACAGACCAAGUGUGAAUAUAUGCUGAACUCGAUGCCCAAAAGACUGUGUUUGGUGUGUGGUGACAUUGCAUCAGGGUACCACUAUGGAGUGGCUUCCUGCGAGGCCUGCAAGGCUUUCUUCAAGAGGACAAUUCAAGGUAACAUAGAGUACAGCUGCCCAGCAACAAAUGAAUGUGAAAUCACAAAGCGCAGACGCAAGUCCUGCCAAGCCUGCCGCUUCAUGAAGUGUCUAAAAGUUGGCAUGCUGAAAGAAGGUGUCCGCCUAGACAGAGUACGUGGAGGUCGCCAGAAGUACAAGCGCAGAAUAGAUGCAGAGAAUAGCCCAUACCUGAACCCUCAGCUAGUUCAGCCAGCAAAAAAGCCAUAUAACAAGAUUGUCUCCCAUUUGCUGGUGGCUGAACCAGAGAAGAUCUACGCUAUGCCUGACCCCACUGUUCCAGACAGUGACAUCAAAGCACUUACCACUCUUUGUGACCUGGCAGACAGAGAACUGGUGGUGAUCAUUGGAUGGGCUAAGCAUAUUCCAGGAUUCUCCACUUUGUCUCUAGCUGACCAGAUGAGCCUUCUGCAGAGUGCUUGGAUGGAGAUUUUGAUUCUCGGUGUUGUAUACCGGUCACUUUCUUUUGAGGAUGAGCUCGUAUAUGCCGAAGAUUAUAUUAUGGAUGAAGACCAAUCCAAAUUGGCAGGCCUUCUUGACCUUAACAAUGCCAUACUGCAGCUGGUAAAGAAAUACAAGAGCAUGAAGCUGGAGAAAGAAGAGUUUGUCACCCUCAAAGCUAUAGCACUUGCUAAUUCAGACUCAAUGCACAUAGAGGAUGUUGAGGCAGUGCAGAAACUUCAGGACGUCUUACAUGAGGCUCUGCAGGAUUAUGAGGCCGGGCAGCACAUGGAAGACCCACGUCGCGCAGGCAAGAUGUUGAUGACUCUCCCGCUUCUGAGGCAAACCUCCACCAAGGCUGUGCAGCAUUUCUACAACAUCAAACUGGAAGGCAAAGUCCCCAUGCACAAACUUUUUUUGGAAAUGCUGGAGGCCAAGGUCUGACUAAAGCAUCAUGGGCUUCCCCAUC